CUCCGACGGUGUGUCAGCGUGAGGCCGUGAGCUGUGAGGAGCGCGCGUUUGGUCCGAAUCGCCGAGCUCGCUGCUGAGCGGGCGUCAUCGUAGCUUGAGCUGCACAAAGCCGACGAUGCAGCAGCUGGGCAAGUCGACGCUGCGGACAGUCAAGAACUAUACCAAAGGCUACAGCGACUGCCAGACCAAAGUCAGAGAUGCGACCUCCAACGAUCCCUGGGGGCCAAGCGGCGGGCAGAUGAACGAGCUCGCCCAACUGACGUACAACCAGCAAGACUUUGUGGAGAUCAUGGAGAUGCUCGACAAGCGACUGAACGACAAGGGCAAGAACUGGCGUCACGUCUUCAAGGCGCUCACCGUGCUCGACUAUUGCCUCCACGGCGGAUCAGAGAACGUCGUGCUCUACUUCAAAGAGAAUCUCUACAUCAUCAAGACACUGAAAGAGUUCCAAUAUAUCGACGAGUAUGGCAAAGAUCAAGGCGCCAAUGUCCGGCAAAAGGCCAAAGACAUCACAGCACUACUGCAAGAUGAAGCCAGGCUGAAGGAUGCGCGCAAGUCGAGGGCGCACAUGAGAGACAGGAUGACAGGCACGCCCUCGCGCGACGACAGAUAUUCGCCCCCUCCGCGAUCGCGCUCGACACCCGCCGUCUCCUCGAGCGGCAUGAGCAAGGAAGAGCGUGACCUUCAACGAGCUAUCGAGGAAUCCAAGAGGAGUCAGGACGAUGACGAGACUCGCGCAAGGCGACAGCGAAAGGAUGACGAGCAGUUGGCCGAAGCCAUGAGACUGUCCCGUGAAGAAGAUGAACGAGCGAGGAGGGAAGCAGAGCUCAAGAAUCAGAACGCUCUCUUUGACGAUGGCUUCCAAUCUGAUGGGCCUAACGCAUACCAAAACCAACUCGUCGACCUCAACUUUGGUCAGCCGCAACAGCAGCUACAGCCCCAGUACACGAGCUUCAAUCCUUAUGCCCAAUACCAGCAAGAUGCCGCGCAGCUGCAAGCGCAACAGCAAUAUGAGUAUCAGCAGCGCAUGGAAGAGCAAGCGCGCUUUGCCCAGAUGCAGCAACAGCAGGCAUACAUGCAGCAGCAGGCAUAUCUGGCUCAGCAGCAGCCUCUCGUGCCGCAGCAGACUGCUAUCGGCUCCAACAAUCCCUUUGCGGCAUUCGGCAAUACGCCCGAACCAGCCACGACACCAGAACCACCAAGGCAACAGGUUCAGCCUGCGAUACCCCAGCAAGACUUCUUCCGGUCUAGCUCACAACCCAUCAUGCCCACACAAGCUGCCAAAUCCAUCAGAGCUGCCACGCGCAACGAUGGGCAGCAUGACAAGCUCAACAAUCUGCUCGCGAUGGGUCAAGGCAUUGAUACAUUUGGCAAUGAGGGCAACAUGCGACUUGGUCAAUGGGCAAACAAGAGCGUGCCUGCUGCUACGUUGACUCAGACGAGGACAGGACCAGCAUCCAGCAAUGCGAACGCAGCCUUUGCUUCGUCUUUUGGUCCUCAACCGACGGGCAACGGCAAUCCUUUUGGUCAGUCAAAUGGUUCAAGUGCCUACAAUGGCAACUCCAACGCAUUCAGCGGAUUCGAUAAUAGCUUCGGCCAGCCGGCGCAAGCACAACAGCAGCCGAAACAGAACCCAUUCUUUGAUCUCUGAGACGUCCAUGUAUACUAGCACGAUUUGCAUCUCAUUGUCUAGCCUUACAAUCACUCUCUAUUGUCGGCGAAUGAUGCCCGGCAAGAGGAGCUGUGCUCGCUCGAUGGCUGACGUGAGCAUCGAUCGGCCGACUGGCGAGGCGUAUUUUGCAAGACGUGGCCCAAGAGAUUCCUUCAAGAGCGCGUUGACGACUUGUGGCGUAUAAGUCCGCGUGCGUUCGUCCUGAGGAUCAAUGACACGCAGUGCACUGAUGAUCCAAGCAAGCUUCUUCUGAUCUGGUCCAUCUAGCGUGGCGGCAUCUGCCUUGCCCAGCC